GCACCAAUUGGCACUGCCGUCCCUCGGAGCUCCGCGCGCUGCAGGGCUUGCCGCUGGAGCUCCAGGAGGCCACGCGACGCUUGAGCGCCGCGCAGCCGCUUUGCUGCGUGCCUUGGGCGAAGAAAUGGCGGGACUUGACCAACCGCAGCUUCUGCCGCCUGUUGUGCCAAGUGGCAUCCCAGCUGGGCUUCACGGUGAAGCGCUGGCCCGUGGAAGAUGCCCCAGGGUGUUGGGCUUUGACAAAGGCAGCCAAGCGUGGAGAACUGAAGGACACUUCAGCCAUGAUGCUGCAUUCUUGGCAUGGAGGUUACGAAAAGGAAUGCGUGCCCAGCUGGGACUUCUAUCCACUGCUGGAGGCGCUGAAGCGUCGCAGCCUCGUGGUGUAUCCCUCCCCGGAGUUGGACCUGUUGCACAGCGCCAAGAGGCGGAAGCCCUGGAGCUCGGGAGGUCUCCGGAGAUCUCGGGAGAUCUUGGUGGAUGAGAUAGCUGAGAUACCAGGCCCAAUGUAUCGAAGCAAGUUCAUGGCGCCCACGGAGUUUUUGACCAUGCAACGCCACGGCCACACCUGGAAGGCAAAUGGCAAAGACCUGGCUGUGGCCACGCGCAAAGCCUUGAAGGACUUGCACAGCGCCGCCCUGGCAGUGGGCCUUGGCACGGAGAAUGUCAUGCUGAAGCAGGGCUUCUCGUGGGGCGGUGCUCAAGUCACACGCUUACGGCCCUCCGAGGUGACGUACAGGGUGCUGCAGUACCUGAGCACCGUGGUUUUGCCAAAGCUCCCAGCGCAGGCGGUGGAACUCACCGUGCUGCUGCAGGCGAAAGUGGACCUGGUCGCGGAACUGCGAUGGAUGGUCCUGAACGGCGAGCUCCGUGGCUGCGGCUGGGUGACUUUGCCAGUGCCGCGCCUGGGGCGCAAGGCUAACUCCGGGUGCUAUAAGCUGCUGGGACCUGACCGUGGCCUUGGAAAAAGGACCCAUGUCACCAACUCAGUUCUUCACUGCGCUGCACUCGAGAAGCUCAAGUUGGAUCGGUUGAAGCUGGAAGAAUCCAUUCGUCCAAAGGUGGAAGCCGUGGUUCAAGAGGCCGUUUACGAUGCUGGCGUCAUGCCGCAGUAUCUGAGGGUGGACUUCCUGGUCGACAAGCAAGGCCGGGCCUGGUUGGGCGAGCGCGAGUCCUGGGGCGCUGACCUGGUGCGGAACCAGGAGAAUCCACAGGGUCGUCACUUGGUGGAUUUCACUGGAUUUCACCUGGAGAUUUUUCUGGUGAUUUGUGGGAAAAAGGUACCAACCCCAGCCGCGCGGAACUGGCACGUGCCAUGCUGCAUGCGGCAUGGAGCCGUUCACGAUGAA